CUCUCUCACUCUCUCUCACCCUCAUGAACACACCCUGACAGAGCCAGGGCACUGUGCUCUGCUCCUCCUGUACCACGAGACUCACCCAUCAACAUUACGCGUUUGACGCUUCACUGUGUGUGUGGCUGGAUAAAUCCAGCCUCUCGUCUCUUCCUCCUCCUCCUCCUCUUCCUCCUCCUCUACCUCUUCUCCCCCAAAUCUCCUCUCCCUCCCUUUCUCUCUUUCUCUCUCACACACACGCACAAGUGUACACUCAAGUGGUUAUAGCUCCACUGAUUCAUUUGUAUCUAUCCGUGCUUUUCAGUGGUGCAUUUUGGUUGCUUUUUUGACAAAUUGUAAUGAUGGAGGACUACCAUAAACCUGACCAACAGACUGUCCAGGCUCUGAGGAACAUUGCCAAUCGCUUGCGGAUCAACUCCAUCAAAGCCACAACAGCAGCAGGCAGUGGGUACCCUACCUCAUGCUGCAGCGCAGCUGAGAUUAUGUCCGUCCUCUUCUUCCACACCAUGAGAUACCGACCUGAGGACCCCAAAAACCCCAAUAAUGACCGAUUCAUUUUGUCCAAGGGCCAUGCUGCUCCCGCACUCUACUCCAUGUGGGCGGAGACUGGCUUCCUGAAGGAGAGUGAGCUCAUGAGCCUGUGUCAGGUGGAUUCCACCUUAGAGGGACACCCCACCCCCAAGCAGCCAUUUGUGGAUGUAGCCACCGGUUCGCUGGGUCAGGGCCUUGGUGUGGCCUGUGGAAUGGCCUACACCGGCAAGUACUUUGAUAAGUCCAGCUACCGAGUGUACUGCCUGCUGGGUGAUGGAGAGAUGUCUGAGGGGGCGGUGUGGGAGGCCAUGUCCUUCGCCUCCUAUUAUCAGCUGGAUAACCUGGUGGCCAUAUUGGACAUCAACCGCCUGGGCCAGAGUGAACCUGCUCCCCUUCAACACCAUGUGGAGAAGUACCAGAAACGCUGUGAAGCCUUUGGGUGGCACGCCAUUGUUGUGGACGGCCACAGCGUGGAGGAGCUGUGCAAAGCUCUGUCUCAGCCCAGGCACCAGCCCACCGCCAUCAUCGCUAAGACUAUCAAGGGCAAAGGCAUCCCAGUGGCGGAGGAUAAGAUGGGCUGGCAUGCCAAGCCGCUGCCCAAAGACAUGGCCGAGAGUGUGAUGCGUGACCUGCAGAGCCGCAUCCUGAACAGCAACAAGCGCAUGUACCCGGCCACGCCCGCCGAAGACGCCCCACCGGUCAGCCUGCGCAACAUGCGCAUGCCCAGCGGCCCUAGCUACAAGCCUGGCGAGAAGAUGUCCACGCGGAAGGCUUAUGGGAUGGCUCUGGCCAAGCUCGGCCGUUACAACGAGCGCGUGGUGGCCUUGGACGGAGACACCAAGAACCUCACCUACUCAGAGAUCUUCAAGAACGAGCACCCCAACCGUUACGUGGAGUGCUACAUCGCCCAGCAGAACAUGGUGAGCGUUGCCAUGGGCUGUGCGACGCGUGAGAGGAACGUGGUGUUCGCCAGCACCCUUGCCUCCUUCUUCACGCGCGCCUACGACCAGCUGCGCAUGGCCGCCAUCUCCGAGAGCAACAUCAACCUGUGCGGCUCGCACAGCGGGCUCUCCAUUGGUGAGGACGGGCCUUCCCAGAUGGGUCUGGAGGACAUGGCCAUGUUCAGGUCCAUCCCCAACUCCACCGUCUUCUACCCCAGUGAUGGGGUGUCCACUGAGAGGGCUGUUGAGCUUGCCGCAAACGCAAAGGGAGUGUGUUAUGUGAGGACCAGCGGACCUGAGACCUCCAUCAUCUACAACAGCAAUGAGGACUUCCAUGUUGGACAAGCCAAAGUGGUGUGCCAGAGUAAGGAUGACCAGGUGACCGUGGUUGGAGCAGGACUGACCCUCCACGAGGCUCUUGCUGCUGCGGAGCAGCUGAAGAAAGAGAGGAUCUUUAUUUGUGUUAUCGAUCCCUUCACCAUCAAACCACUGGAUGCUAAGACCAUAAUCGACCAUGCAAGAUCCACCAGGGGGCGCAUCAUCACUGUGGAGGACCACUACUAUGAGGGUGGCCUGGGGGAGGCAGUGUGCUCAGCUGUGGUGAACGAGCAGGGCUUCUCUCUGCACCGUAUGGCAGUUGCUCAUGUGCCACGAAGUGGCAAGCCGGCUGAACUGCUCAAGGCUUACGGUAUUGACCGUGACGCUAUCACCCAGGCCGUGCGCAAGAUGCUCAGCUCCUCUGCCAACGCCAAGUAACCCGUCAAUGCCCAACCUGCCCUGCCCACUCCACUGAACCCAACCCCCAGUGUAAAACAGGGACAGUGUAUCACAACACCCCAAAAAAUGGUUUUGUUUUCCCACACCCCCUCACUGUAAUAGCCCUAAUGUGAGUACUAUUGUAAUGUGAGUGCUGUAAUGUACAUUUUGAAGUAUCCUUCAGACUGUCCAGGAUUGCCUCUUUCUUCCAGCUCCACACAGACACAUACACAAAUGCAUAUAUCCAGACAAAGACCAAAAAUAUCAACAGACUUGUCACAUGCAGUGAAAAACACACACACACACACACACACAGCGGCAAAUUUACUUGUCACGCAUACUCACAGUCCCUCACUGUUUCGAGGUAUGUCACUUCAUUUAGGUCAGACUUGAGAUUGCAUAGGGUCCUCUGCCUGAAUCCACGAGUUUGCAGUACUGAUAGUGCUUGUUCUCAGUAUCCAUGUCAAUUUUUGUGUACCAUGUUUGUGAUGUGUUUUUGCAUAAACCAGGACAGUUCUUGUCUAACUCAACAAAAUAUACAGUUUUCAGCAUUAUAUUUUACUAUUUUUUAUAUUGUUCCGAUGUAGUUUGGAUGUAUGGGGCAGGGCGCAGAUUCAGGGACACAGGACAGGGAUAGCGUAGGUGAUAAAUGACAACUGUGGUAGUCAGAAUAUUAUUACUAGUGUGAAGUGAGUAGAUAUUAGCAGGAAAUACAAAUGUAUGUGUGGCAUAGUUAUCCAUCCAACCCCUGAAUCAUACAGAUCAACGUUUAUCAUUCUGGGGGGGGGGACCCUAAACAUUGAUCGGCUGAUUCAGAGCAAAGGUUUGGGGAUGUUAUGGAGAGGGAGAAUGCCUAGAGACCGGUCAUUCAGCCAGGGAGGAGAGAGGACACCUAGAGACAUGGCAUUCAGCCAGGGACCAGACUAGUAACCAGCAGCAUGUCCUACCAUCAGAACUGUGAACUAAAAGCACACCUCCUCUGUUACUUUUUUUAUCUAUGUAUGUACCUUUUUGCCAUUGAUUAAAGCCCUCUGCAUUUGA